AUGGGCGGAGAUCUACCGCCCCAAGGCGGCUAUGAGCCUAUCCGGUACAAGCGUAAUCUCCCCACGCGCGGACCGGGCGGCCUGGCCAUCUUUGGCGGCGUGCUGGCCAUUUGCGCAUAUGGCUUCUAUCGUGUCGGCAUGGGAAACCUUGAACAGCGAGAACUGAAGCGAGAGAAGGCCUGGUCGAGAAUUCACCUCGUACCGCUACUUCUUGCCGAGGCAGACAGGGACACGUACAGGCGCGAGCAGGCGCAGUACGCGCGCGAAAAGGAGAUCAUGAAGGAUGUACCCGACUGGGAGGCACGCAAGAGCGUAUACAACACCAAGCGGUACACGCCUCAGAGCUUCGUUGUCCUCUAAGCCAAGCCAAGGCCUCACAACCUUACAAUCAU